AUGUCCGAAGAACGUGUCGACUAUCCAUUCAGCACCUUCUUGGAUCAACACUCUGGUCAACUGAACGCAUCGGCUGUUCCACCAGAAUUAUGGCACAGUCUGUACAAGAAAUUGGCGGAUCAGACAUUCGAUGCGGGAGACCGUUUUCAGAUAAUCUGUGAAAUGAAUGAAGACGAUGAGAAGACUCUUUUCGUGAGAGCAUUGGAGGAUAUGCAUAAUAAUGAUGAGGAGAACAUCUUCCUCAUCGAUCAUUUCGUUUCAUUCUCCUCGGAAUCCGCUCGAAAAUGUGUUGAAACGACUGAGGGACUCGCUGAGAAACUCGCAUCGCUUUUCGGAAUUGAUACCGAUUCCCUCUGUGAAGGCGACGAUACCACCGAAAAAAUCGAGACAUCCAUCGAGAAGGAGGAACAAGAACACGCUCGACGUCUCUCGGAUUCUGACGUCACUCCCGGAUUGCCACGUCACGAAUCAAUCGACGCACGUCUCUCGUCGUAUUCUGUCGAUGAUCCGAAGAGUGAACUGACUGAAAAAGUGAUGAAAUCUCUGUGGAAAUACGCUCAAACAUAUUCAAUCAGUUAUCAGUUGGAGAACGGAGAGAUCGAGAAGAAGCACGUCUGGUACGUGAUGGAUGACUUCGGCUCGAGAGUUCGUCACUCCGCGGAGCCAAAUGUCCGUAUCGUCCCACUGAUGUUCCUCCCGCAAAACUGCGCCUACAGUAUCAUGUUCUUGACAAAACCGGUGAAAACUGAUGAGGAAAUUACGAUGGAUUGGGCUGCCAACGUCAUCACCGCCCAGAAUCCGAAAUGGAGAAAGUAUAUUGAGAACCCGUGGGCUCCGAUGGACUUCUCCAAGGAGAGUAUGGUACCCGGGGCACCGACGAUGGAGUAUUUCACUUCAGGACGCAAUCCGGACUUUCUGGCGGAGGGAAAGGAGCAACAGACUGCGCAGUCCGCCAUUUUCACGUCGUUGCCCAUUUUGAAAAAGAGAAAAAUUAAGGUCUACGCCGACGACACUCAACUCACGGAACACCUGAAAACCCAUCAAAUCGAGUAUGUCGACGAUUGGAAGAAGGCUGACGUCAUCUGGAUGAUCAAACAUUUCCACGACUACAAUCAACUGUCCACUGAGAAUCCAUGUGGAAUGGUGAAUCAGUUCCCAUUCGAAUCAUGCAUCACUGUCAAGGAUCUUCUCGCCGCGUGUGCAAUGCGUGAUCCUGUGAAAAAUGAUUGGUAUCAGCUGACCUACAAUCUGAAUACUCAACUGCCCGAAUUCGUUUCGAGAUUCCAAAAUCGUGAGAAGAACGGACAGCACAAUGUGUGGAUUGUAAAGCCGUGGAAUCUGGCGAGAGGAAUGGAAAUGACGGUCACACAGGAUUUGAAUCAGAUCAUUCGAAUGGUGGAGACUGGACCGAAGAUCGUUUGCGAGUACAUCCCCCGCCCACUUCUCUUCCCCCGUCCAGACAACGGAAAUAAAGUGAAAUUUGAUCUCCGUUACAUCGUUUUCCUCAAUGGAAUCUCCCCGGUCACUGCCUACGUCUACAAUCGAUUCUGGAUCAGAUUCGCUAUCAACGAAUUCCAAUUGUCCAAUUUCGACGACUUGGAGACUCAUUUCACAGUUUUCAACUAUUUGGAUAAGGAGAAAGUGCUUCAAAUGAAAUGUGAACAAUUCAUUGAGACUAUCGAGAAGACUUAUCCUAAAAUCCAAUGGGAUAAUGUUCAAAAAGAUAUCAACUCGACCAUUCGGAAGGCUAUCGAGGCGGCGGCGAAAGAAGAAGCGCCACGUGGAGUCGCCCCAAAUGUCCAGUCCCGUGCGAUGUACGGUGUCGACAUCAUGCUUCAACACUCCCCUGAAAACGAUGACGUCAUCAAAUCGACACUUCUCGAAAUCAAUUUCAUGCCUGACACCACUCGUGCCUGCCAAUACUAUCCGGACUUUGCGGAUACCGUAUUCGACACUCUCUUCCUGGAUGAUAUCGAUCCGACUAAAGUUACACCGAUCUGA